ACAAAUCAGUCUGCGAUUGAUUAGUAUUCCUGGAAGGCUACUGAGAACGAAAGCUAACACGUGCUGCUAACUUUUACUACUUUACCUGUUUUCUUGUCGAUAUUUGUCCUGUUUUUAAGUGGAAUCGUUCAAUUUGAACGUUUUCUGUCCCGUUUAGUGAUAAUCUGGUUUGCUAUAUGGCGGACAAUGGAGACGACGAGGAUCAUUACAGAAUCAAAGAAGGCGACUACGUAGUUUUGAAAAGAGGAGACAUCUAUAAAUCUGUGCAGAUACUUCCAAAAAAAAAAGUGAUUUUUGAGAAGCAGUGGAUUUUCCUGGAUAACGUGGUGGGAUGUUUGUACGGAAACACGUUCGAGAUCCGGUCUGGAGGGGGUCUCCAACUUCAAAACACCAAGACCACCGAGAGCCCCCCAGACUCAAAGGUGGCGGGAACAGACAACAGGAAUAUCAUUGAUGAUGGGAAAUCCCAGAAACUCACCAAAGAUGACAUCGAGAAGCUGAAAGAUCAAGGUCUGAAGGGUCAGGAAAUCAUCCAACAGCUCAUAGAGAACAGCGCCACCUUCAGUAACAAGACGGAAUACGCUCAGGAUAAAUACAUUAAGAAGAAGAAGAAGAAGUAUGAGAACACUGUGACGGUUCUGAGGCCGACCUGCCGGAUCCUGGCCAUGAUGUACCACGGCCGUGAACCGGGAAAGAUCUGCCAUCUACGCUACGACACUCUUGCCCAGAUGUUGACGCUGGCAAACAUCCACGCCAACAGCAAGGUUCUGGUGUUUGAGACCUGUGCCGGACUCGUGCUGGGAUCCAUUAUGGAGCGAAUGGGAGGCCACGGCACCGUUGUCCAGAUGUUUCCAGGAGGCGGUCCUGUCCGGGCCGGCGUGGAGAGCUUCGGCUUCCCCGCACAUUUUUACGAGACGCUGCACGAGUUCCCCAUCUGCCACCUCAACGCUUUGGAGGCGGGAAUUCUGGACACCUUCGCCAAAGCCCCUGAUGCUGGUGAAAAAGAGUCCAACAUGACCGCAGAGGAGGAGGACGUUCUGCCUGGAGCCGACCCGCAGGGCGACAGUCCAGAGGAGCAGAGGAUGGAGACGGUGAGCGCAGACGACAAAGUUCAGGACCAGAAGAAGCAGGAGGAGGAGAAACGCAGAGAAGCCAAGGCUCAAGAGAAGAAGGUGAAGCAGGAGGAGAAGCAGAGGAAGCUGGCAGCGGCUGCGGCCCGACUGGACGGCAGAAAUGCUGACGGGCUGGUCAUCGCGAGCCGCUUCCAUCCGUGUCCCGUCCUCCUCCGCCUGCUCCGGUUCCUCUCCCCCUCCAGACCUUUUGUGGUUUACUCCCAGUACUUGGAGCCUCUGAUUGAGUGCUACACCAAGCUGAAGGAACAGGGGGGCGCGGUCAGCCUCAAACUCACCGACACCUGGCUGAGGCAUUACCAGGUGCUGCCCAACAGGACGCAUCCUCGCCUGCUGAUGAGCGGGGGCGGGGGCUACCUCCUCUCAGGAACCACCGUGGCGCCGGAGCCGCCCGCAGGCUCCACGCCCAGCGAGGAACCGGCGCCCAAGAGGCAGAAGCUGAAAGCCACGGAGGGGUGAAGAGACCCCGGCCGUCUGCCGGGGGUCCCGCUCAGGACGCGGCGUCGGUCAGAGGCGUUUCUGGAAAAGGGGGCGGAGCAUCUGCUGCGGGUGGUGGGGAAGCGGCUGCACCACAAAUAGACCGUCAGCCCAAAAAAAGGGGCGUGAAUUUUUAUUUUUUGAAUUUGUUUUGAUGGUUUUUUUAGACGUUUAGUUAAUUAAUAUUAUUAUGAUGCUUUGACCUCUGUUCACUUUGAGAAAUAAACUGGAGAUAUUUUUUGGUCCCA